CUCUCUACCACAAGAAGGUACAAGUGGUUAACAUAUUUUAGUGAUUUACUACAAAAACUACAAACUGUUUCUAUAAAUAUAUUAUGUUAUAUGGCUUGCAAGCAUCAGAGACUUGUUGUGUGCAUGGUUACAUCAAGAAGAGUGUAUCAUUCCAUGAGAAACAUGAGUAUAGAGCGUGUGAAGUGGUGGGAGGAGCAGGUACAGCUGGUGUCCUCUCACACGCCCGUCACUCACACAAAAGUCACCGCUAAAUUUGAACCUUCCAAGUUCGCUCGACGUUCAUCCCUCGAUGUUGAACAGCAAAUCAAUAAAGUAUGGGAAGCCAAAUGUGCGCAGAACCCUCGCUUAUAUAAUGGAGAUAAGUUUCGACUGGCAGGAUGGAACAAUGAAGAAGGGAAGUGGGUGUUACAUAUAGGUCUGACCUGCUACAAGGACCUCUGUGGUACCAACCUGGCUCAAAAUUAUCGAUGGAUUCAGGAAAAGGGUACUAAGGACUUCGGAAAUAUGCAAGCCUACAUGUCAGAUCCAAUAGGUGUGGGUGUGGUGGUAAUGACGUGUGACGGGUUUAUGGUGGUGGUGCGGCGAGCAGGGUGGACAGGAGAGUACCCAGGGGCCCUGGACCGUCCAGGGGGACACCCAGAACCUGACAGAGUCCUCAACAUUGACUCUACCAGCACUCUAGGUCACAGCUCUUCAACGCUGAAUGACGUCGUACUUAAAGAGGUGUGGAGUUCAGCAGCUCAGGAGGUGGAGGACGAAGUUGGCAUCCCUAAAGAGCAGCUGAGAGAUAUUACACUUCUAGGGGUCCUUCUCAAUAUGGAAGCUGGAGGGCGACCUUCCCUCGAGUUCUUCAUUAGGUGUGGUCUGAGCAGCAGUGAAGUGAAAGAGGCGUACGAGAGAGGCUGUCAGUCAGAGGCUGAGGAGACCACCUCCCUCCACCUCCUACCUCCGCCCACAGUGCCCUCAUCUCGAAAUUCCUCUAUCCACCUCCACCCACAGUAAACUGCGUUGCAUCCGAGUCUAGCAAGUGCAGGAAGGAAGGGAAGGAGAGGGAGAGGGAGGCCAAGUGGGUAGUGGAGGAGGCCACCCCAGCACUGAAGGGAGCACUCAUUCUGGCGCUCCACCACCACCUCCUCCCCACCACUACGUCGACCCAUGAUGAAUAGGCAAAUCAUAUCACAGAACCGAUGCGGUUCGAACCUAUGGUAAACGAGUCAUAAAACUCGCAGGCCAGUGUGUUAUCCACCAGUCCAUGCCGGCCUAACAAGGUUCAACAAGCUAGGUUAACAUGGACUCCACUGUGACCACAAAUGCAGGUUUUUACAGAUGAAUCUCACACCAGCGUGGCUUACCAUGGAUUCGAGCCCCACCCGUUCUGUGAUUUGUUUGCAAUCCUGUUAUUACGAUUUCGUGUCAUAAAUAUGCAAGCAGGAGGAAAUAAGCUAGUGAGAAAUGUAGGAAUAAUAAGUUUGUGAAAGAGGAAGAAAGUAAAAUCAAAACAAAAACAAUAGAAAAUUAGGCAGGAAAAGAAAUAGGAGAGAGAUAAAGUAAAAAAGGGGAAAGAUAGUAAAAGAGAGUUAAAUAUAUGAAGAGCAAUUACAUGAACUCGCCCGAAAUGCUCUACAUGUAUAACCAUGGGUUUUCUGCAUACAUUCAAGUGUUACUCAUUUAUGUAUAAACAAUGUAUCAUGUGGAAAUAAACUUUGGCUUUGACUUAGACUGAUAGUAGACACGCCACUACUUGGAAAAGACCCGGGCCGGGAGAAUACCGGCGAAUAAGAAAAAAAAAGACAACGGCAGCGUAGCAGGCUAGAGUUCAUCACUGGUUUGAGCCAGUGGUGGGUUAUGACAUAAGAGCUUCUAUGAUUAGUUUAUAAGAAAGCUUGGAUUUAUGUUGGCUUAGCGCUUCUUUUUUAUUAUAAUAUAAUAAUAAUUGGAUUUAUGUGGCUGGCCCCGUCAGUGAGCUAUAUUUAGUUAUACCUGAUUUUUUUAAUAAAUUAAUAAAAAAAUAAUUAUGUACAUGGAACACCGAGCUGGCAAUGCACUAAGGUACUCUUAGCAGAUGGUAUACAGUUGACAUGGAACUUUAAAUCUCGUAUAGUCGAUAGGCUUUGAACCUAAUAAACCCAUCAAUAGAGAUGGGCCAGGCAGUAAACAGUCGGUUGGGAAACCAGGAAGUCAGCAAGUAGUUCAACCAGGAAAUGCCCAGAAAGCAGUAAGCCAGGUAAUGCGGAAGUCGGCAUCGGAAGCAAUGAGAUAGUGUAAUUUAGUGAUCAGAGUAGAGCUAAGUGUUGCUACAGUGGCAUUAUGUGUCUAAUGUUGAUUAUUAAUUAUAUGGUAAUAUUGACAUCAAGUACAGUGGCUAAGAAAAGAAAGUAGAUGUAUAUAAGCAUAAAGUUGAUGUGUUACAUUUAGUGUUAGGCAGGGUUUAAAGUCACUUGUGCAUUCAGUGACGAGCCAAUUGAUAUUGUGUGCAGUGACCAUGCCUGGUUUUGAUACAUUUUAAUGUACUGUAAAUCGUGCUUAAAAUAUAUGCUGCACCAGUGCUAUAAAUAUUA